AUGGGUGUUGCAGAUAUCGUCGCUUACUGGACAGAAGCCCACCUAUUUGGCGGCGUCGUUGUUUUUGAUCACGGCGAGUCUGACACAGAAUUCCUCGACGUUUUCCUACAUCCAGACUGCGGCUUCAAUGUCUUCAAGCUGUCGGACGCCCAAGUAGAUCAAUUUGUCAGCUUUGGGCUAUACGGGGAACCAGCAGUGCCCUCGCCGUUUCCAAUCAAACCAGACCGUGAUGCGGUCAGGCUUUUACCCGAGCUUACUAUGCAGAAGAAUAUAUAUCGUACCAAGAGUGACGGGAGGGUCCCCGAGCUCCCAUCUGGCUGGCGUCCGGUGGGGCGACUAGAGGAUGAUCCUCAGAUGAUGGAGUUUAUGGACAAGUACAAAAACGGCGAUUGGACAUAUGGCUACAAUGAAAUAUAG